AUGUGGUCUGGUGAAUUCAUGGUGAAGCUGACAACCAUGCCGCCGCGCCCUCUCGCUGCCCUGCGCCAUCACCACCGCCGACUUCUGCCUCUCGCGCUCUCGUCGCUCCAAAGUCACGUUCAAGCUACAGCCGCCGCUCCGCAUCUCUCGCUGAGAGCUCUUAUUCCGCUGCAUCCCGUCCCGGCCUUACCGAGCGGCGUCGCGCACAUGCUUGAAACUGGAGUCGCGGCCACGUUGCUCGAACCGCAUAUCGUGUCGCCAUUCCACGCCGUACAAUCGCGCCUCGCUCUGUCUCCCUCGCCGCAACUCCUCGCUCAGCCGCAGCCGUGGCGCCGUGACGAGCCACCGCGCUGCCCGCCGCGUCACCCCUUGCCUCCUCUUGCGGCCUCGCCCCUCGUAGGCAGUGCGAGUGGACGGCUGCGAUCGGUGGCUGCGGGCGAGAGCCGUGUGAUCGCGCGUAGUCGCACGAGGAGCUUCGCCCGCAGCAGUGCCGGCGGCACUGACCAACGGAGUGGCGGACAGAACAGCGAGGCGCGAUUGGAAGGCGAAAGCUGGGGUGGUAACCACACGGAGCGAGGUGGCAAGGCGAAGGCGCAUGCGAUGGAGGAGUACCUGCGGCGGUUUGUGGACUACGAGCAGCAAGGCGUGCCCAACGGUGCUGCUGCCGCUGCUGACGCCGCGGCCAAGGCGGGUGCAGGCCUGGCGGAGGGCGGUGCGCGUGCGGGCGAGCAGAGGAGGGCAGGCGAGGAGCGGUUCGACCUGCAGCGCAUGCAGCGGCUGAUGGGCGCCCUAGGGUCGCCCGUGUCGCAGUACAAGGUGGUGCAUGUGGCGGGCACCAAGGGCAAGGGCUCCACCGUGCAUUUCAUUGCCAGCAUUCUGCGUGCGGCAGGCCUGGCUGUGGGCACGUACACCAGUCCGCACGUGGUGAGGCUGAACGAGCGCAUCGUGGGCCCCACGGGGCAGCCGGCCAGCGAUGCACAGCUGGCGGCACUGGUGGCACGCCAUGGCAGCACAGUGGACGCCGUGUGGCACGACGAGAAGCGCCGGGGGGGGGUGCUCUCACACUUUGAGUUCCUCACCCAUGACUGUCCCUCUCCACUCCACCCUCCUUUGCCACUCACUCCUCAAAUCGCGCACGCCUGUAACUCGCUGCGCGUCCCCCCUGUGCGUGUGCGGUGGCAGGUGCUGACGGCGCUGGCGUUCACGUUCUUCGCGCAGCAGAGGGUGCAAGUGGCCGUCGUGGAGGUGGGGCUGGGCGGGGUGUGUGACGCCACGAACGUGAUCCCAGCGGGCAGCCUGGCAGCGGCCGUGAUCACGGGCAUUGGCAUGGACCACGUGGGCGCACUGGGGGGGUCGCUGCACAGCAUCGUGCGCGCCAAGGCCGGCAUCAUGCACGCCUCCACCCCGGUGGUGAUCGCCCCCCAGCCGCACCCCACGGUCCUCCCACAGCUGCUCUCACUCGCCCAACGCCUGCACUGCCCCACCGUGCUUGUUGCUGCGCCUCACAGCAGCGCCAGCAGUGCCAGCAGCAGGCAGGGCAGCACCGUGCUGCGUGGUGCCGCCAGUAGCAGCACGUCGGCUGAGCUGCCCCCUCCUUGUGCUGGCCAGGGCAGGGCGGGCGAAUGCAGUGAGAGCAGGCAGGGGGCGCACGGGGCAAUUGGCCCUGCACACGCGGAGGGGAUGACGGCAGAGGGGGGACAGUGGGGGGACGGCAGUGGGGCAUGGGCGGCACAGGGAGGGGUGCAGGCAGGCGUGGAGUGGUGGGAGAAAGGUGUGGUCAUGGUUGCCCACAGCACAGAGGGCGAGCAGGAGGGGCGUGAGAGCGAGAGUGGUGGGCGGCGCAUUGUAUCGGUGGUUGACUUUGCCGUGGACAUGGCAGCACUCUCUUGCCAGCCCCACGCCUGCAAGUGUUGCCAUCAUUGUAUCGGCCCUGCCCCCACGUGCCGCCCGUCGUCCCGUGCACGAGAGCAGGAGCAGCUGAGGGGCGUGCAUGUGGGCAUGGUGGGUGCGCACCAGGCGGCCAACGCCGCCACAGCGGUGGGUGUGGCGCUGCUGCUGCGCCACACACUGGGCGCCAUGGGCAGCGCCAUCACACCCACCGCUGUGCGCCACGGGCUGCUGUGCGCCCCGCUGCCAGGCCGCUUCCAGGUGCUGCGACCGGCGCAGGUGCGCUCACUCAGACGCACUGUGCUGGGGGGCACAGGAGCCCUCCCCUUGCACUCCCUGCCCUUGCACUCCCUGCCCUUGCACUCCCUCCCCUUGCACUCCCUCCCCUUGCACGCGCUGAUGACUCCGCAUCUACAUCCUUCCGGCCUUGUCCCAAUGCAAUGCGCUGCUACUCCCCCACGGGCCCCAUGCAUGGGUGCAGCGCACACGGGUGACUCUGCGGCAGCACUGGCCAGCACGCUGCUGCAAGUCUUUGGCGCGCCUGCCACCGACCCCGAGCUCUCUGCUGCUGGGCAAGCCAGCGCCAGAGAGUGUGGGGAUGCAGGAGUUGGCCAGGGCGAGGCCGGGGUGAAUGGUGGUGCCACGGGAAGGAGCAGUGCGGAUGUGGGUGUGCAGUAUGUGUUUGUGGUUGCCAUGGCAGCUGACAAGCAACACCACGACUUCUGCUCUGCGCUCUUCUCAGCCAUCCCGCCAGCAGCAGUGGUGUGCACGGCAGUGCCCAUCGCAGCGGCAUCGCAGCGGGCCAUGGCCCCCGCCGCACUGCGCUCCAUUGCACAGGCCCACCUGCCAUCCACGCCUUCUCCCCCCGGGGACCGCGCACUGCCACGCGUCUCUGCGCUGCCUGACCUGCGCUCUGCGCUCGCAGCCACCCUUGCCUGGUCCUCCACAGGGCUGCCUGUCCGCCUCGGCAGCUCGCCUGAGAGGGAGUGGCUGUGCCCAGGGGAACAAGAUCGAGAAUGCAACACACAGGGGGCUUGGGGAGUUAGUGAGCUAAAAGGAAAGCGCUCUGCGGGUAGACGGAGGAGGGAAAGAGUGGUGGUAUGCGUUACAGGGUCGUUGCAUGCAGUGGGUGCUACUUUGGGCCUACUACACACUUGA